CGUCCCUCUUCUCCUUGACUGGCUUGUUGAUCCCCCAAUGCCAUGCCUACCCUUACCCAUGACUGCUAUAAUGGGGGUACCUUCUUGCUCCCCAAAGUCACCCAGAUGCAUAAUUAAAAUGGAUAUGGUAGAAACAAUAAAAACAAACCAGGCUGCUAUUAUCUAUUUAACAGCUUAACUUGUUAGCUUCAUUUUUAAUACUGCAUUUUUCUGUACCUCUGCUACUAAUUCGAUUGCAAAUGUUAUGUAGUUUGUGUGUUUAUUCUUUUAAUGUUUAACUUUUAAAAAACAUUUGCUAACUGCCUAGAGAACUUCAGCUAUUGGGCGGUAUAAAAUGGCAUAAACAAAUAAAUGAAUGUAGGCUGAUUUGUUCUCCAAGAGUUCCCAGUGCUGUUGGUAACCCUUUUAGCAUGCAUACCAUCCAAAGCUUUUGUGGGAUCCAUGGCCGAUCUAUGUCCUUCUUCCUUUCUGGCAAUGUGAGGGUCUCCUACCUGGCCAUCUGGGUUGAGUCCAACAGUUGUACUUGCAACUCUUUUCCUUCAACCCUCUCCUGUUCUAGAUGCAGCAGCAGCAGCUGCAGCGCAUUGCUCAGAUGCAGCAGCAGCUCCAACAGCAGGCAGCCCAAGCCAUUCAAGUGCAGCAACAGCAGCAGCAGCAGCAGCAGCAGCAGCAGCAGCCGCCGCCGCCACCGCCGCAGCAGCCGCAGCCACCGCCACCGCCUGUCUCACAGCAGAACCCUCCAGCACCACAGGCAAUGCAGCAGCAGAUGCAGCAGAUGCAGCAGAUGCAGCAGCAGCAGGUCGGCCAAGCACAGCCGCCCGUGCUUCCACCACAGCCCCUGGUGUCCCAAGCACAGACUAUCGCAGGGCAGAUUCCUAGUCAGGCUGUGCCUGUCACCCUCACCGCCCAGCAGCUAAAAGCCAUGCAGGUAAGAGCUUUGCAGCAGCAGCAGCAGCAGCAGCAGCCACAGCAGCAGCAGCCGCAGCAGCAGCAGCAGCCGCAGCAGGUGGCAGCCACCCAAGCCCAGGCUGCUCAGAUGGGAGCUUCCGGCCAGGUAAGUCCCCCUGAAGCCGGCCAGGCCAGGCCAGGCCAGUAGCAAGUUUCAUGUGUGGCCACUGGGACGAGGCAGGACUCUCGGUGGAUUUCUUGAGGAAGGCCAUGUCUCUCUCCCUCUUUCUCUGCCACUUCCUUUCUUGUGAGCUGGAGGCAGCUGACUCUUGUCUGGAGCACCAGAACCCUGCACACCAUUGGCAGCCUGCAGCUAUGGACAGGCUGCCGGACUGGGUGUCUUCUUGCUGCUUCCACAAUACUUUGGUUACCUUCUGUCAAAACAGCUCUUGGGGGAGUUCUUUCAUCUGCCUGAGAGUAGCCCUGUCAUGGACUCCUUUCUCCUGUCCUGUCCUGUCCUGUCCUGUGAUCUUUAAGAAGUUGUUAUGUUUAGAUGAGAGUUGAUUAACAGACAGUUGUAUGUGCCAUUGAGAAUGGUCAUGUAGCCAUGUGUUUGGUGGACCCUUUGGCAUGUGGCGAUCUCUGCUUCCACAGUGGGAGAGGGACUUAGGUGGGAAGGGGAGAUACCUUGGAUGUAGAACUCCAGCAGAACUCCCCCUCCCUCCAGAGCCUGCCUUGUUUGGUGGGACUUCCCUCCAUAGCUUCUGAAACAACCUGCAGCUGGUGGUAAGUUACAGAGCAGCAAAUCACACUGGGGACAUAGCAGUUCAAAAUUCUGAGGGCCAACCAGAAUGUCACUUCAUGUGUCAGUCGCAACCGCCUGCCGGACAUGGUGGAACUCAGGCAGUCAGCUGGCAAGCUCUCUAGCAGGCCAGGCUGGCCACUGGCAUGCAGCCUUGCCCCACUGUACAGUGGAGGCACCUGUGCAGAAAGGCCCCCCCCCGCUUCCACUCCAGCGGCUUCCACUCAGUGCUGGAUGUCUCUUCCCUCACAGUCCCAUGAAGCAGCUGUUGCAGCAGAGCUCUCUGCUGCUGCAGAAGGGGGCAGGCCCCGCUGGACUUGGGAAAGGCAAGUGGAGAUGCGCCUGCUGGCAGCAGGGGGUUCUGGGCAGCGGCAGCAGGAGGGAGCCUGCGGCUGGUUUGGGGCUUGUGGGAUGACUAUUUUUUAUUUAAAUUAAUACCACCCAAUAGUUGAGGCUCUCUGGGCAGUUAGCAAAAGUUAAAAACUAGAAUAAAAAGACAUGAGACAAUAAAACCAUAGCAAUUGAUUCAGCACAGAGGUAUAGCACCAGUAGAGGAUAAAAUGGAAUAUUAAAACUAAAGUAAAAAUUAACUAUUAAAAUACGGGAAAAUCAAAAAAUGUUUUCACCUGGUGCCAGAAAGAAUACAGAGUUGGUACCAGGUGCAACUCUUUGGAGAGGUUGUGCUAUAACUGGGAUGCCACCACUGAAAAGGCCCUUCUCAUAGCCACUCACUUCCUUUGGUGAGGGCUCCCAGAAAAGGACACCUGAAGAUGACCUCAGCGUCCAGAUAGGUAUGUAUAGGAGGAGACCUUCCUUCAGUUAAUUUGGCCCCAAGCCAUUCAGGUGUCUGAAGAUUGAUACCAGCACUUUGAAUCAGGCCCAGACUUCAGCUGGCAGCCAUAACAAGCUCUGACCUGUGUUCUCUUAAAGCAUAGCAUGAGAUUUCCUCCAUCUACACCCUGGCUGUCUCCCCUCUUGUUUCUUUGCCCUCAGCUUACGUGUGUACCCAGGAGCUGGCUGGGCUCUGCUGAAGGGAAGGGGGCACUUAGAUGCAAGUGUGUCCAUUGCCUGAGUAAUCUCUGCAUGCCACAGAGUGACCUGGGCUUUGACAGAAGUGCCAGCCAUACCAGCAGGAAAUUCCCACAGAGCCCUCCGGAAACCAUCAGGAACCAUUGGCCUCCAGGGACAGACCAUUUUAAAAGGUCCCCACCCUUGCAAAGGGAGCCCUGGGUACAACAGGCUCAGCAUGGAAGUCAAGAUCCCCCAGAGCCAUCAUCCUGGGGUCCUCAACACCAGGUCUGAGACCACCUCUAUCAGCUCAACAGGGAAUCUGAGGGACAGUGGGGCGAGUGGUACACCAGCAGGAAUUCUAAUCUUUCUUGAGUGCCCAGCACAAGGCACUAAUACUCAAGACCUUCAGUUGAGUGAACAGGAAGCCUAGAGAGGGAGAUCGUAUUCCCAUAGACUAUGAGUACCCUGCCUCCUCCCCCGUUGAGGCAAUGCUGAUGCUGCACCAAGUACCCGGGGGCAAGGCUGUAACCUCUCCAAUAUACCCACCCAGGUCUCAGUGAUGCAAGCCAGGACAGCCCCCUCAUUCACAAUUGAGUCAUGGAUGAGGGAUGUCUCCUCCUGGGCCAACACGACAUUCAGCAGCACCACUACCAGCACCAGAUCCAAGAGCAAGCUGGAGAGGCUGCCAGGAGUCAUCCAGUUGGGGAAAAACAGAAGAGGGGAUAGCUGUGAGAGAUCACGUCCCUUGACUGGCUUGUUGAUCCCCCAUGCCAUACCUCCCCCUGCCCAUGACCACAGUAAUGAGGACACCUGUUUGCUCUCUAAAAUUACCCAGUAACAGAAUUAAAAUGUAUAUAAUAAAACCAAACAAUCUACUACACUUCUAAGCUGAUAGCUAUUGCUGUGAGACUGUCCUGUUCCCACAUAAAGCCCAGUUCUUGAGCAGUCACUCAACAGGCACCAAACAGGUGAUGCCUUCUGGCCACUGAAUUGGUCUUGGCUCUGUGAAGUACCCACUGGUGGUGGAGCCCUGCCUGAGGAGUUCAGCCACUGCCUCUUAAGCUGGGAUGGGCAGGCAGCCACUCCGCAGGGCAGGACAGGCAAUGCUUUCACCCUGCCUUGGUUUUGGCUUGACUAGAGCAUUCCUGGAGGCACAACUGUGUGAGGAGUAUGGAGAUGGACAGCUGGAUCCUCAGCGACAUUUAGCUGAAACUGAAGAGUUAACACAAGUGGCUGCCUGGCAGUGGGUGCUGAGGACUGUGUGAGGGCAGAUGGGGGAGGCAAGGUAUAAUUCUGUCACUGACUGGAGUCUUUAAAGUGCCAGAGGGCAGGCUUCAGUUGUCUGGCCAUUGGCUGCUGAGUUUGGGGCUGUUCGGCGGUCCCUUUUCAGGCUGCAUGGAAUAACUCUGCCUCCACUCACUCCCCCACCCCUUUGAUUAUUAUUUGGGUAAGACCAUCAUAAUCCAUCAUUUUUCCCUUCCCCUUUCUUCCAGAAAUAAAAUUAGGGUUCUGGAAACUGCCCAGCUGGAGGAAGGAGUGAGGUCGGUUUGUGUGAGAGGAGGUGGGCUUGCAAGCAGGGGAGUUGCCUCUGGCGCAGGUUAGGGUGCUCGACCGCAGGCUCUGAGCCUGCCGUUCCUCUCAGCAGAAGAGCAGGUGGCACCAAAGGCUGUAUGCUGGCAUCGUUCCAGUGCUCUGGCUUGGCCUUCUGCAGCUGCAAGAGAGAGCCAGUAGGUGCAGGGGCUUAGAGAUGGGGAGUGAAAAUGUAUUCUCUCAACAGGGCCCUUUUUGGGUUUACCAUCUUGCCAAGUGCCUUCUUCUCUCUCUUCCCCCACUUCCCCUACAAGCCCAGAGCAAUGAGAAACUUUUUUUUAAGCAAGACUUCUCAGGAAGCUGAAUGGUUGAUUCUCUUGCCUUCUGGGUAACACUUGUUCAUUCCAGAGAGCCAGUGUAGUGUAGAGGUUCAAAGCUGGGGACUGGGACUCAGGCGAUCCAGGGCAUAGUCCUCACUCAUCCAUGGAAGCGACUGGGUGACAUUGGGUCAGUCACAGACUCUUAGCCCAACCUACCUCACAAGGUUGCUGUUGUGAGGAUAAGAUUGAGUUCCUUGAAAGGAAAAAAGGCAUGAUAUUGAUAAAUAAAUAACAUUCCAUGUAAUUUGAGUAGUUACCAAAUGGUACAAACCAUUUUUUUCCAUUGGUACAUGUUGUGAGCCAGGGUCCUCCUGCUGAGUAAACAUGCUACUCUGGAACUCCUUUUGCCAAUGGACUUUAUCUUCACAUGCCUCUCAGUUCAGUCAGAGUGAAACGUUGAACCCUCUUUGACAUCAAUCGUUCCCUUGCAUUUUUAUACUCCUUUGGCAUCUCGCUUCAGAAGGUGGGUCGCUGUGGAAUUGUGCUCGUCUGCAUUCUUCCUGUCUCUCACCCAGUUGAACCUCCCGCUAGUGCUGGCACCUACCAGCCAGUGCCAAAUCCUCAGGAGGAGGGACUUCUGUACCCAACAAACUACUGAGCUCUCUUUCCCUGCUCCCCUGCUGUGAGACACAUUCAGCAGAUUGGUAGACUGUGGCUUCCCCCAGGCCAGUUUCUCAACUCUUCUUCCUCUUCUCUUAUUUCCUCAUCCCCAAGGUUAGAUUGACCUGGCUCUCCUCUGCCCAAACUUACAACUCCUCCCCUCCUUUCUUCUCAAGUUCCCAUUGGAAUGGGCAGCUGCCCAUGCAUAGAAAUAGAGUGAAUCAGAUAGGGCCUCCCAGGCGAUUUAGUCUGACCCCCGGCUCCAGCCAGCUCUGCUCAUGACAUGCCUACCAUGUCCAUGUCCAGCCUAUCCUUGAACACCCUCACCGAUGGGGCCUCAACCACCUGUGGAAGCCCAUUCUAUGCCCUUGGGGUCCUAACCAUCAGGAAGUAAUUCCUGGCAUCCACCUUGAGUCUUGGCUUCCUGAGCAUUGUUGCACUGAAACACAUCUGGCUCUCCUCUGCAGGGGAAAAAAGGUCACGACUCACCUGCGUGACACCCGCUCACAUACCUGUAUGUUGCUAACAGGACCCUUUUGAGUCUCCUCAAGGCUGAAAAGACCCAAUUCCAUCAGUCUCUCCUCAUAUGGCUUACUCUCCAACCAACCACCAUACUUGUAGCCCUUCACUGCACCAAUUCCAACCUAGCUAGAUUGUUCCUGUAAUGUGGAGCCCUGAACUGAACAUAGUACUCCAGUUGUGAGCACACCAGAGUUGUACAGAGUGGCAGUACUACUUCUCUC